AGGUCACGAAAUGUUGUGGGAUGUAGAUCGAAGCCCGUCUUAUGGCAUUGAAGGUGAUCAUCUUGAAACUUGAUAGCAUCUUUUUGAUAUAAUAUUGCAUCUGAUUCAACUAUGUCUCAUUCUUACUCUUCUUCUCCCCUUCGCCUCAGAGAUGAGUAGCGAAAUUUCAGACCCCUUUGGGGGUGUCGUCAUAUCUAUAUUCAUUAGCUUCCUCCUCUUGGGUGCUAUGUUUCUGCAGGUAUACAUCUACUUUGAUCGCUAUCCCAAGGACAAUAUCUGGCUCAAGGCAUUUGUCAUAGUCCUCUUUACCUUGGAUGUUCUCGACUCUGUUUUUGUCCUUAUGUGGAUUUAUAACCUCCUGAUCGACAAUUUUGGGAACCUCGUCGCAUUCACCAAAACUGACUGGACCGCCACAAUGGACCCAGUUCUGGAGGGUAUCAUGGCAGGAAUGGUACAAGGUUUUUUUGCAUGGAGGAUCUGGGUGUUAACCAAGAACUAUUUCUAUCUCGGUGUGAUUGUCCUAUGCAUAUUGACAUCUUUUGCCGGCAGUAUGGCGACAAAUAUAAUCUGCUUUUUAACUGACGGAUCAGCUGACUGGAAUGGGCUUCGUAAUGAAAUGGGCGUACCCGUUCUUGUAUGGCUUAUUCCAGCGGCACUUGGGGACCUCGUCAUCACAGUCAUUAUCGCUAUGUAUCUGCAGCGAGCAAAAGGUUCCAUCAGACAGACCAAUCGUAUCUUAGAUAGAAUUACCCGACUGACGAUGCAGAAUGGGUUUCUCACCGCCACCGUCGCCUUAACUGAUGUAGGUUUGACUCUCGGUGUGAAGAGACAACCUUACUAUCUUUGGGUCGUAUUCAUCUUGCCUAAACUGUACACAAACUCGGGUACACCUAUCUACAUGUGUUGAUUCAGUGACGCUGACAGUUAUCCAGUACUUUCGAGUCUUAACGCGGUACGCAAGAUAGCAUCUAUAAUCACUACAUUAUUUGUAUACUUACUCUUGACUUGUUUGUGUUUAGCGCCAACCACACAUUCAGGAUAUCGGAGAUGAAGUGGCCUCUAUGGCCAUGCCGUGGAUUAGUACCGAGGUACGUAUUCCCUCAAAAUACUUUUCAUCAUCUGCCGACGGUUUUGUCCGUUGUAAGCUCGAUCACAGGGAGUCGCUGUAGGUUCAAUUUUCUCGUUUCCCUUGUAUCUAUCCUCAU